CGCCGCCAUUUUAGGGCCUCUAGGUGGACAACACCUUCAGAAAAUGGCAGGAAGCACUGGCUCUGGGGCGACUUCACCCGGCAGCAUGCCUCAGCAUUGUCCAGAAAUCUGUUAAAAAGGAUCUCUCCGCGAUUCCUUCGCAGUGGAAUGCAACAAUGGCAGGAUGAAAGUAUUACAACAAAUCAGCUUCUACUCAUGCAAACCUACAUCUCUCUGCCAAGAAGAAUCUUUCUUUAUGAUGUGUGAAUUGAAGUUUUCGUCCUCUCUAAGCACUAUUCUAUCCUAAGGUAAUCUUCAACGGGGAUCAGGGAGAAAAUAUUUCCAACCUGUGUCAGGAAUGUGCUGGGACCAAAUAUUUCACUUCGUGUUUAGAACAGGUUUAUCAAAUUUCAGCAGUUCUCCAUAGCCCAGUGAAAUCGCCACAGAUCCAUUGUAUUCAGCUGAGUCUUGCUACUCUGUGUUCCUGUUUUGAGCUAUGGCACCUGCAUUCGAAAACCAGUCUCAGAUUCACACAUCAGAUUUUCAUCCGGAAGGUAUCAGUGAUGGCUUCUUUUUCUAGCAGAGACGAAAUUCAAGUUUCUUCUCACCUCAGGAUGAAUGUACUACUAUGCAUCUAAUUCAGUUACUGGAACACUAUUGCUUCUGUUUUCCAAGGACAGGUCCAUUUCCAUUCCUGUUCAAACAGCCUUUCCAGAUGGCACAUAGCAGUGCUAGGAGUGGUAACCAAGAGCCUAGAUUCCUGUCCCCAAGGUGGAUUUGAACUUGGAGCAUAUAAGUAGUGGAAAGAUCCAAAACAGAUCUACAGCCAGCAGAUCACAGAGAUCAGGUCAACAGGUGGAGCUCUGAAAGGCCUCCAGUCCAGGAAUUCCAGCAGUAUUCUCCAGCAUCUGCAGAUUAUCCACGUGAUAUAUGUUCACCAUUCUUAGUGCGAGAGACAGAUUCUCAAAGAGCAUACCUGCCAUCAGAUCCCUGCUCUUUUCUUCAUGUUACAAUGCCUCUGAAAUGCUCAGCUUUACAACCACGACACCAACAAGUUGCUGUGAGGGUUUGAACAUGAGUACCCAGCCUCACACUCUGACCAAGGCAGAGAUCCCCAGCCAUGUUCUUUAUGCUGUAGGAACAUGUGUGCUCAUUAUUGGCUCCAUUGGCAUCAUCGGGAACCUCCUAGUCCUCUAUGCGUUUUACAGCAACAAGAAGCUGAGGACUCCCCAAAACUACUUUAUAAUGAAUUUAGCUGUGAGUGACUUCCUGAUGUCGGCUUCUCAGGCACCCAUGUGCUUUGUCAACAGCUUGCACAGAGAAUGGAUACUUGGAGACAUAGGCUGUAACUUGUAUGCUUUCUGCGGGGCUCUCUUUGGGAUAACCUCGAUGAUGACCCUGCUGGCUAUCUCUGUUGACCGCUACCUGGUGAUCACAAAGCCCCUGCAGUCCAUCCAGUGGACCUCCAAGAGACGCACGGUGCAGGUCAUCGCUGCAGUGUGGCUCUACUCGCUGGGAUGGAGCGUGGCUCCGCUCCUCGGCUGGAGUUCCUAUGUGCCUGAGGGCUUGAUGAUAUCCUGCACAUGGGACUAUGUAACCUACUCCCCUGCAAACAGAAGCUACACCAUGAUCUUAUGCUGCUGCGUAUUUUUUAUCCCCCUGGUAAUAAUAUUCCACUGCUAUUUAUCGAUGUUCCUGGCCAUAAGGCGUACUGGCAGAGAUGUUCAAAAGCUGGGAUCCUGCAGCCGGAAAUCCUACCUCUCUCAGUCCAUGAAGAAUGAGUGGAAGCUGGCAAAAAUUGCUUUUGUGGUCAUCAUUGUGUUUGUCUUGUCCUGGUCUCCAUAUGCCUGUGUCACCUUGAUUGCCUGGGCAGGUCGAGGCAACAUCCUAACACCAUAUUCCAAAUCUGUGCCAGCAGUUAUUGCCAAAGCUUCUGCAGUCUACAACCCCAUCAUAUAUGCAAUAAUUCACCCAAGAUACAGAAAAACCAUCCACAAAGCUGUUCCCUGCUUGAGGUUCCUGAUACGAAUAUCGAAGAAUGACCUCCUGAGGGGAUCCAUAAAUGAGUCAUCAUUCAGGACCUCUCUCUGCAGCCACCACUCUCUUGCUGGCAGGACCAAGAGCACUUGUGUUCCCUCCGUUUCUACUGGAGAAGCUACCUGGAGCAAUGUAGAGCUCGACCCUGUAGAGCCAGCUCAAGAGAAACUGAAGCCUCGCCGAAGUCAUUCUUUCUCCACAAGUCCAAGGCAAGAGAAGAGAGACCCGCUCCCAAAGACCUGCAGCUGCCAUGCAGCCACUGCUGAAAAGGUUUCUCUCUCCUCCAGCUGUUUGGAGAAGGUGUUUGGGCAGCCUGUCCUACCCAGUCCCUCUGCAGCACUCAUGACCAGCUCCCAGAGAGCAACCUCUCUGCCUGUCAGACUGAAUAGCAGUAGUGUCACCAGAGGAGACUCGAGCACCUUCCAAAUGGCAACUCAAGGAAGUCAAACAAAUGGAGUUGUGGAUUCUGUCAUCAGCAGUGCAGUCCCUCGCAUCAUCAUCAUUCCUACCUCAGAGACCAAUCUGUUUCGGGAAGAACUGGAAGAGACUGAAUUAUUCCACUUUCAUAACAAAAAGGGCAAUCUGCUGGACUUGGAAGGGCUUAGCUCAUCCAUGGAGUUCCUUGAAGCUGUUGAGAAAUUUCUAUCAUAAGUUUGCAAAAGAAAACUUUCUGGUAAUUAUUUUCUUGGCAUCUUCUCCACUUAAUUAUACCAAAUAAAUGAAGCCUUGUAGGUUGGAUCAUCAGAUUUUUUUUUUUUUGUAUGUUUAUAUGGUAGUCACUAGGCAGCCUUCAGAUUUAUCUUUGUCCAAACCAGCUCAGGCGUGGAAACAGACUUUCUUUCAGAUUGUGCUGCAGGAAAUGAGCAGUGGAAGAUCUGGCAGCACAAUCGAGUGGCAUUGGUCAAGGAGGCUGCCUGAUUUGCUGCCACUGAUGGGGGUGCCAGCAGAAGGGAAAAGACUGACUGAGAGCAGGAUCAGCUGCUGAAUGCUUCUGCUAUCUGCACACAGAACAGCACUCCUGUUUUGGCAGCUCUGCUCUGGAGAGGAAUGAGAAGCACCACAAGACCACAGCUUCCACCAGCCCCAGCAGUAAGGCAGAUGACA